GGGUCAAACUUUCAAACUAGCAGAGUCCCUUCUGCGCAUUUUUCUCCUUUCAACUUCUCCAGAAGUUUGCUCAAAUAUUCACACAGCAGAAAAGCUAAAGAAAUGGCAAAAUCACCAGAAACAGAGCACCCCGUGAAAGCUUUUGGAUGGGCUGCCAGAGACCCAUCUGCGCAUUUUUCUCCUUUCAAAUUCUCCAGAAGGGCCACAGGUGAGCGCGAUGUGCAGAUUAAGGUUCUAUAUUGUGGGAUCUGUCAUUCGGAUCUUCAUAUGGCCAAGAAUGAAUGGGGCCUAACUCAGUUUCCUGUUGUUCCAGGGCACGAGAUCACGGGCAUAGUAACAGAGGUUGGUAGCAAGGUGGAGAAAUUCAAGGUCGGAGACAAAGUCGGAGUUGGAUGCAUGGUUGGAUCAUGUCGUGAGUGUGACCAAUGUGCCAACGAUCUUGAGAAUUACUGUUCAAAAUAUAUACUCACCUACAGUUCCCGUUACACUGAUGGAACGGUUACAUAUGGAGGUUACUCUGACAAAAUUGUUGCUGACGAGCACUUUGUUAUUCGUUGGCCGGAGAACUUGCCUCUUGAUGCCGGUGCUCCUCUCUUAUGUGCCGGGAUUACGACUUACAGCCCCUUGAAGUACUAUGGACUCGACAAGCCCGGAUUGAAUAUUGGCGUCGUUGGUCUUGGUGGGCUCGGUCACGUAGCUGUAAAAUUUGCUAAGGCUUUCGGGAGUAAGGUGACAGUGAUAAGUACAUCUAUUAAUAAGAAGAAGGAAGCGACUGAACGUCUUGGUGCGGACUCAUUCUUAGUUAGCCGUGAUCAAGAGGCGAUGGAGGCUGCAGCUGGGACGUUGGACGGAAUCAUUGAUACCGUGUCUGUUGCUCACCCCCUUCUACCAUUGGUAAAUUUGUUAAAGCCUCAUUCACAUCUUAUCAUGGUCGGUGCCGCAGAAAAGCCACUCGAGGUGCCAAUGUUGCCUCUGAUUUUUGGUAGAAAGUCGAUAAGUGGCAGUCGAAUUGGAGGAUUAAAAGAGACUCAAGAAAUGGUCGAUUUUGCCGCAAAACACAACAUAUCUGCAGAUGUCGAGAUCAUUUCCAUGGAUUAUGUCAACCCUGCAAUGAAGCGUCUCGAGAAAUCUGAUGUUAAAUACCGUUUUGUCAUCGAUGUUGCAAAUUCAUUAAAGGUCGAGUAAAUUAUGCUUUUCAUUCUUUCUUGAAGAUUUAUACUGUUGUGAAGAGGAAGAAGACAACACCGUCGGGGGAAUUUGUGUUUCGGGACUUGAUUUUGCACCACCUCUAAAAUAAUUGGUCUUUUUUUUUUUUUGUAAAACAUUUUGUUUGUUGUGAAACCAUAUUGUGUUACAUUGGAAAUUCAGUUUUUUACAAUAAACUGUUGCUGAAGAACAACGGUGUACUUCCCUUUCAACUUCUGAAAUAUAUACAUAAACAUAGCCAACUGCCGCCCUGAAGUUUAGGUAAA